GGGGGGUUAGUUUGUUUCCUACGUGAGAAAGAAGUCAUUGUAGACCACAGAUUGUAAUUUAAGGUCUGAGAAUUUGCGGCCUGGAAAAUGCCGCCUAAGAAAAGGGGAAAAGCAAAGGGGAAGAAAGGAAAGAGGAAGAAAACCUCUGAUGGAAAUGAAUUGCAAGAGAAGUACAAGCGCAGCACUCUGGAUGUGGCCGUGCUGAAGGAGCACCUCGCCCUGCGGAGGGAUGUAGCGAGACAGGCCCAGGCCUGCAGUCACAGUCUGAAAUCCAGACUGGCUGUCCUGGAGCAGGAGCUGGACGAGGAACGCGAGGACAAGAAGGAUAUCAACGCAGACCUGACUCGACAGUACAAGUCCAUGCAGAUGGAGACGGGGGUGAGAGUUCAUCAGCUGGAGAUUGAGGUCAGCCGGCUACGCCAGCAGCUCGCUCUGUGCCAGCAGGACCUGCAGGGCGAGCGAGAGGAGAGGCAGCGCACAGUGCAGGAGAAGGAUGCCACCAUCGCAGAGCUGCAGGGCAAGAUCGACAACAUGGAGACAGACUAUGAGAGGAUCCUGCAUGACACUCUUGACAGCCUCCUGUCCCGCCUGGCUGAGUCCAAACUGCGCUGGGUGGACGAGAGCACCGCGCUGCACUUCAACAACAAGGAGAGGCUGGCAGACUUUGGGCUCAACCCGCUGGACAUCUGACCCCUCGCUGACCAGCGCAUGGAUGACCUGGGGCAGACAACGCAACACACGCAACCCCUAGGAAGGUUCAUUGAGGUAUCGGAAAACACAUUGUGGUGAAGCACAGUGAAACACAGUACAAGAAAGGCAGGUAUCCCCACAACGAUUCUGACACAAGGUGCAUUGAUUAUUAAUGAGAAACUGCAACCAUUGAGAACUUUGAUAAGCUUUUCAAAGGGCUGCAUGUAAUGUAGUCUGUCCCCCCAACCCGUAACAUGCAAUGCACUUUAGUCUUUCAAUGUACCUUGAGCAAUAUCACCCCCUGUUAGCACUGAGAGCACACAGCAGUUCAGGGUACCAGAUCAUGGGGUUCAAGAAACACAGCGAUGCACCACGACUGUCUGCGAGAAGCUGAGAGGCUAGUGUCUGAUCUUGUGUUUCAAAAAUAAAAAACAUAUUGAGCUCUG